GCUAUUCAUUCGCCAUUUCAGUCUUUCACUGUGCGUCGCAAACACAAACUUUUGGAAGGACAGUAACGAUAGCCUAUAUUCACUCAAAGAUGUCAAACAGUUUUAGGCUUUACAUAAAAAACGCGAAGCAAGUGGUAUUAGUUUGUAACAAUGGGGAAAGAUUCCUUACCAAGGAAGGAAUGAAAAACCUGUCUAUUAUUGAGAACUGCAGUUUGAUUAUCGGAAACGAUGGACUGUUGAAGGCUGUGGGGCUGGCUGACUCGAUAGAAUCUCGUUUUGAAGGUGCAUCGUUUGAGAAAGUUAUCAAUGCUUCGGGAAUGUGCGUUAUACCAGGACUGAUUGAUGCUCAUACUCAUCCUGUGUGGGCGGGGGACAGAGUCCAUGAAUUUGCACUGAAGCUGGCGGGCGCCACCUACAUGGAGGUGCACGAGGCCGGGGGAGGGAUCCACUUCACCGUGACGCACACGCGCCAGGCCUCCCCGGACCAGCUGCUCGCCGGCCUGACGCAGCGGCUGGGCCGCAUGCUGCGCAGCGGGACCACGCUGGUGGAGUGCAAGAGCGGCUACGGCCUGGAGCUGGACGCCGAGCUCAAGAUGCUGGCGGUCAUCGAGAGCGCCCGGCGGUCGCUGGACAUCGGCAUUUCGGCCACCUACUGCGGAGCGCACGCCGUGCCCAAGGGGAAGACGGUUGCCGAGGCAACAGAGGACAUCAUUAAGGUCCAGCUGCCGAAGCUGAAGGAGAAGAUGGAGCAGGGGGAGCUGAGGGUGGACAACAUCGACGUGUUCUGCGAGAAGGGCGUGUUCGACCUCGACUCCACCCGGGCCAUCCUGCAAGCAGGGAAGGACAUGGGCCUGCAGAUCAAUUUCCAUGGCGACGAGCUUCAUCCAAUGAAUUCUGCUCAGCUAGGUGCUGAACUCAAUGCAUUGGCCAUCAGUCACCUGGAGGAAGUGACCAAUGAGGGCAUAGCAGCCAUGGCUAAAGCGGGAACAUCAGCGGUCCUUCUGCCAACUACAGCGUACAUACUGAGGUUGCCUCAGCCACGGGCGAGAGACAUGCUGGACCGCGGAGUCAUUGUGGCGUUGGGCAGCGACUUCAACCCCAAUGCCUACUGCUGCUCCAUGCCCAUGGUCAUGCACCUGGCCUGUGUCAACAUGAGGAUGAGCAUGAACGAGGCCCUCGCCGCGGCGACCAUAAAUGCGGCCUACGCCCUGGGCCUGUCCCAGAGUCACGGCUCCCUGGAGGUGGGAAAGCAAGGAGACCUGCUCGUCAUCAACGCCUCACGGUGGGAGCAUUUAAUCUAUCAGUUUGGAGGCCAUCAAGAGCUCAUUAAAUACGUCAUCAUAAAAGGUAAUGUUGUUUAUGAAAAUGACAAAACCAUGGACUUUUAGCAUCUUCUGUACCCCAGGUUCCUGAUUUGUGUACAUUUGUGAAAAUGUGUAAUGAAUAAAAUAUUAAAGUGUUUUAUUCAACAGUU